AUGACACCGAGUAAACGGGGUCCCUCGGUUCUGGUGACCGACGCGCGAGAACGCCAGGAUGCACGAAGGCCAUCAUCCCGCCCGGGUUCCUCCCAGGGCCAACCCCGUUCGCCCAUGCGUUUCAUGACGGUCGACAACGUUCUUCAAUUCAACACGCAGAUCCCAUCUGGCCAGCCGCGCAUGCCUCCCCUGCCGGCAGCACGACAGCCGGCGUCAUCCGGCAGCGGAAGCAGUCGACCCGCGCCCGUGCGUCGCGUCAUGUCGUCCGGCGGCGGCGGCGGCGGCGGCAUCGCCAACACGCAGUCUCGCACGGGCAGGCCCAUGCCGUCGCGCACAUCCAAGAUAAGCGAGAAGCUCGUGCUCCUACCGGACACGGCUGACAAGGACGACGACGACGACGAGGUGCUGGCGGACGAGGAGAGCCGAUGCGAGGAGUUGGCGCGCCGCGGUCUGCUGGACGACAACGCUGGAGGUCCCCUGAAGGACGAGGAGCUCGAGGUGCUCCGGAUGCGCGGUGGCGUCAGGGGCAAGAGCUACGCCGAGAGGCUGCCGAAGCGCCAGAGGGCCGACAAGGUCAGCCGGCUCACGGCCUACUGCAUGGCGCAGGCCUUCAAGAUGAAGGCGACGGCCGCCUUCCUACGGGACCACCACGGGGCCAAGACGAAGCUGUAUGACGACUGCCUGUACGUCAUCUACUCGCUGCCCUUGCUCAACGGCAUGGACGGAUGUCGUGUGCGCAGCAGGCCCAUCCUCAAGACGCCCGGGACAGGCAAGACGGUGCUCGACUUGGAGAUUGAGCGCAGCGAGUGGCGCGACCAUCAUGAAGGGUACUUUGAGGAUGACGCGUACACCAAGGAUACCGCCGCCGCAAACCACUCCCCCUUUGAAGAAGAAGAGGACAUGUCAUCUUCCCACCCGGAACGGCAUCAGCAUGGUCAACAUCAGCAGCAAGACCAAUCCCAGCAGCAGCAGCAGCAGCACCAGCAUCAGCAUCAGCAGCGACGGCACAACAAAGAACAACAGCAGCACUAUCGCGAUACCGAAGCAGCGCACCUGAACCGUCUAGCGCCAGACACCAAGAACCUAGGCGAGAUUUUCGUCUUCUCGUACGGCGUGGUGGUGUUCUGGAACUUCUCGGAGAACCAGGAGAAGGACAUACUGGCGGACCUGACGUUCGCGGACGCUGAGAAGGACGGGGCCAGCCUCCUGACGCGGCCCCUGGAGCAGGACGACUACGAGACGGAGGAAUUCCAUUUCGAGUACAGCUCCGACGUGCAGCGCCCGCGCGUAUUCAACGACAUGUUCACUCUGAUGCCUCGGUCGGACCACAUGAUCAAGCUGACCAUCAGCCACGCCAUUGCCCAGAGCACGCGCCUCUGCUUCUUCGAGGAGCGCAUGAGCGAGACCAUGCUGGAUGCCCAGCACGUGCCCAAGAACCUGGCGCUGACGGGCGAGCUCAACAUGACACGCACCGAGAUCGUCCGCAUCCUCGGCCGCCUCUUCAAGAGCCGCGUCGACAUCAACCUGUCCUCCAACGUCCUCGACGUCCCCAACUUCUUCUGGGACUCGGAGCCGACCCUCCACCCCCUCUACGCCGCCAUAAGGGACUACCUCGAGAUCGACCCGCGCAUAAAGGUCCUCAACGAGCGCUGCCGCGUCUUCCUCGACCUCGCCGAGAUCCUGUCCGACUCCAUCGCCGACUCCAAGAUGAGCGCCAUCACCUGGAUCGUCAUCAUCCUCAUCGUCGUCUCCAUCCUCGUCACCGUCACAGAGGUCGUCCUGCGAUUCGCCAUGCUCCAGCGCAGUAGUGGCCCCAACAACGACAGCAACCCCGUCAACGACCUCAUUGUUGCAUCACCCCUUCAGUCUGCCGCUCCUCCUAUUCUCGUCGACAACAAGAGUCUCGUUCCUUCCUCUGCUGCUGCUGCCCCUCAACGCGACAAUGCCGUCGUCGACGAGUCCGAUCUGGACGCCCUCACCAGGGUGCUGGGUAUCCCGUCCAACUCUACAAUGGACGAUAUCGUCUCGGGCAUAUGGCAGCUCAAGACGCAGGCCAAGGGCUCUUCCGCGUAUCUUGACGACACUACAAAUGAAGCAUAA